AUGAGGGCCUGCCGCACGCAUGCUCUCAACUCGAAACCAAACGCCAUAAGCGACGCCGGGGACGAUCCUAGUUUUCUUGCUCUGCCUUUGCGAAUGCGCGGGCGUGUAGAUCGCGCUUUCGACUCUUUUUCAAAGCUACGGUCGGCGAAUGGGGAAGAACCGGCGCGCAAAAAGCGCAAGCUAGCUUCGCGUGGAACGGCCUCUGGGGGGGCUACCCCUGGUGGCUUCCUACUGGAAGGCACUCCUGAAGCAGGCGGAUUUAUUAGUGACGCCGGAGCGGGCGGGUUUCUCCCUGAGGACUCCACACUAGGUGGUGGUUUCCUGCCCGAGUCGUCUGACGAAGACGAGAACGCCGGCGAGAACGACGACGGCGCACGUCCAGAUACGAUACCCUUCAACCUGAUUCCCUCGGCACUGCAGCUCCUCGAUCUGCAGCCUGACGACGAAGACGUCCUGUCUGUCUUCCGCAACGCUGCGACAGGCUGGGAGAACGAGCGCGGUGCGCCGGAGGACGACGCGCACCUGUUUGUCAGUCGCAAAGACUGGCGGGCGGUCUGCGCCGCUUUGCUCAACGUCGGUGGUGAAGAUGAUGCCGAGGACGUCGACGAUGAAGCGGUGGGCGAUAACGACCCAGAGCUCAGCAGGCCCUCCGAGGAAGAGUACGUCGAGUCCGAGGACGGCUCCGAAGAGGACGAAGAGGACGAAGACUCUGACGAUGAGUAUCAAGGUGGCGGGUUCGUACGUACGAAGGCUGCGGGCACAACUAGUAAGAGCAAAACAGCCAGCAAGCGCGGGAAAGGACGGGGUACGACAGAGUCGUCUCUUUCUCCACUCGAAGUCAGCGAUGACGAGGACCUCGAGAUUCGGCCCAAGCGGAUUACGCCUAGGCAGAAAGCAGAGGCCCGCCGCGCUUUUGCCAUGUUUUUCCCGAACGUGCCUGAUAAAGAAUUGGACAAGCAAAAGAUCAUGAUCAAGGAUAUCGCCCGCACGGAGUCCUUGAUAAAUCUCAAAUCGACUGCCGACGAGGCAAGCAUCGACUCUUUCGCCAGUUCCGCGCGCCCUAUCGUACAAAUGCUAAGUGCAUUUUCGACUUCGCCAGACAAAUCCAUGAGCCUGCGCGACUUUGAGCGGAUGAUGGUUGCCGCAAAGCUUGCUUAA